ACCAGGUGACAGACAGACAGACAGCAGCAGCCGCAGCAGCAGAAACUCCUCCACACGCAGAGCCGAGACUCCCGUCAACACGCCGAGACUCCACAAGACCAGGGGACCCCCCUCGCCCGCAGCCGGACUCCCACCACGCGAGCCGAGACUCCACAAGACCAGGGGGACCCACCUGCAGCCAAACUCCCGGCCGGACUCCCCCCCACCACCACCCCACCCCGAUACUUCUACCCCAGCCAGUGAGACUCCACUACGCGGGACCCCAGCCAGCGAGUGACACCCCACUACUCCAAGACCCCAGUUCCCGGGGUCCCCCCCAGACAGUGAGACCCCCAGGAACCCAGCCAGACCGCCCCCCUACCCCACGCCAGCAGCGCGCAGGAGGAUGGCGGCCGUGGCCGUGGCCGUGGCCCCUCGCGUGGACCCGCGCGCGGACUUCCCCGCGUGGCUCUCGGCCCAGGGCAUGAAGCUGCCCUUCGCCCAGGCCAUGGAGCGGGAGCUGGGGAUCGGCGACUACGAGGACCUGCUGGCGUGCGCCGAGGACGCGCAGGUCACCCUGGAGCUGCUGGCCACGGCGCGCCAGCGCCUGCCCUUCGCCCUCUACGCCGCCCUGCGCCGCCUCGUCAAGACGGCGGCUGGGGCCUCCUCCUCCUCCGCCGCCUCCGUGGGGCCCGCGGGGGGGUCCCCACGGGGCCCCCCCGCGGGGGGGUCCCCACGGGGCCCCCCCGAGUGGCCGCUGCACGAGGCCGCCCAGCCCGGCCUGGCCGCGCUGCUCGAGGCCAUCGUGGCCACGCUGCAGACGCUGGGACACGAGCUGCUGCAGUCGGCGCUCAGGUUCAGCGGCCUCCAACACGCGCUGGAAGACGGGGCAGCAGCAGCAGCAGCAGCAGGAGGAGCAGCAGCAGGAGGAGGAGGGAGCGAGGCGGCGGCCAGCCCCGAGGCCAGGAGGGGAGAGGACGGUGGCACCGUUUUGCUGUGGCCAUCGGAUGAUGCUGUGUUUGCGGAGGACGAGGAGGAGGAGGAGGUGGAGGAGGAGGAGGAGCGAGGGUUGCGCGUGUGUAAGACUGAAGUGGUGGACAGCAUGCAGGACGCGGAGUGCAGCGAGCUGGAGGACAUCACGGCCGAGGAGGUCCACGCGGAGGGCCUGGGCUGCUCCGCGGGGCGUGAUGGGAACAGCAUCUACAUCGCAGGGGGCACGUGGGCGCGCACCAAGCCGGAGCCCCCCAACCACGCCUACGCAGACGCGGUGAGUGACGAGGAACUGGGGACGCAGCCGCUGGCGUCCCCGUGGCAAGAGCCACCGCCCCCAUACCUGAAGAUGAGUCCAGAUGGUGGCGUCACCCUAAACUACCAGUACCCAGUCGAGCCGUACGAGGUGGAUGGCCGUGGUCCCCUGCCCCACUACUAUCAGCCCUACCAGCAGCACCAUCAGCAGGCCCCGCAAGGGCUGCUCGGCCACCCGCCGCACCAGCUGUCGCCCAUCCCUGCGCAGCGCGUGCGCGACUGCGAGGUGUGCGGCAAGAACCGUCGCGUGCCGGGCGGGCGCAAGCGCACGCGGUACUGGUGCCCGGGCUGCAACGUCGGCGUGCACGAGGGCUGCUUCUCCAAGCUCGUGCACUUCCACAGAGAGAACCGGCGCGGGCGCCGGCCGCAGCACAACUACGAGUUCCCGCGAUCGCCAAUGGCCGCUGCCGUGCAGUGAGUGCCGGGUAAUUCCCGGCGACCGCUCGCAGACAGCACCCCGCGGGACAGCGCCAGAUGACACGCCGGGGAUGCUGGCGCUGGUUUGCCUGCGGAUGCCGGUGGUGACGGCGUCGCCGGCGAGCGACGUUGCUGGAUGGAUUGGUGCUGUAGGCGGCGGUUUCGGCAGACUGUUGCUGCUGGCGCUGGCUGGGGUGGCGACUGGCGUUACCGACAGCGCCAAUGCUGCCGGUGCUGCUCGCGCUGGUGCUGCCGGCGUUAACAGGGACGCUGUUUGCACUCGCGGGGUCGAUCUCUGCCGUCCGCAUUCUGCAGCGCCGAUCGCCGCAAGACAAUCAUCGGGUUUUGUACAAAAGACGGGGACUUGCAAUGCGCCGAGGCCGGAGCCUCCUGUGGUCACCCAGCUCAAGCUGCCACACGAGUCUCUUGGGCAAGAGGGAGGGGGUGGGAGCCCAGAGGGGGAACGGGUGCCCUGGUAGGCCUCGGCAAGGUAAAGUAAUUAACCCUUUUUACCGGGUAAAAGGGUAAAGCUGUCGACCAUGCCAAGGGGUAAGGUAAAGGGAAGGGUAAAGGUAGCGCAAAGUAUUACCCGGUAAAUACCGUUUUCAAUUGGAAUCGUCGAGAGUAGUACCCCAGUAAUCACCCUGUAAUUGGCUCAUUUGUAUGGGGUAAGGGUAAAAGGUAGGGUAAAGGUAGGCUCGUUGUUUUUACCUUUUACCUUGCCGAGGCCUAGCCCUGGUGGGUGGGUGGGGGGGUACCCUGCCAUUGAUGGUGAGCCAACCGUGAUGGUGGUGGUUGGUUCUGGCGCUUGUAAGGGUUCGGGCUGUUAGUGCCUGGGCUAUCUGCUGGGUCAGACCCUACCCCCCACCCCCAGGCUACGUAAGAGUGAAGUUUAAUAUCAGGUCAGGUGUGGGAGAUGGGUCUGGCCUUUUUUGGGGAUGGUGUAAGAAUUAAUUUAAUUGGAUUGACAAGGCACACUUGAAUAUGAUUUCAGAGCGCCAUGCAUGUAAAGAAUGAAGGAAUGAGUAACUGGGGAGAGAAAGGCUAAAGAGAGCGAUAGAAAAACUAAAGAAGACCAUUUUAAACAGGUGGGUCUUCAGCCGGAGUCUUAAAAGUUUCAACUCCGAAGUCUUCACGUCCAAUGACAGGGAAUUCCAGAGUCUGGGUGCCAUGCAAACAAAAGCCCGGUCACUCCCGGGUUCAAAGCCUGCAGCGUGCUCACGCUGAGCAGGGCACAAUUGUUAGAUCCCCGAGAUCUCAGUGGAGAUUGUACGGUGUGAAAGAAGUUCAACGUACGUACGUACAUACGGGGGAGCUUGCAGGUGAAUCGUCUGGACGUCGGGUUGAGCCAACUCGCUUAAAGCGUUGAACACAAGCAGAAGAAUUUUAAGCCCAACGUGGGUUUGAACUGGGAGCCAGCGCAAAGCCACGAGCACGGGGCGAGAUAUGGUCCCGAAACGGAGUGCGGAUCAGCACCCUGGUGGUGGCUGUGUUUUGGACGGACUGCCAGUCGACUGAGGACAAUAGUCAAGACGUGAGACAAAGGGCGCACGUACUCGUCUCUCGGCAUCUGCAGGAGAAAGAACGUGGCACAGCUGGGCAAAAUAUUUCUUUAACGCCAGAACGAAGUCCUCGCAGCCUCGUUGAGGAUGUGUGACUAAAAGGAAAAGUAACGUUGCAAGAGAACACCAAGGUUUCAUAUUUCCUAUUUAUAUUGAGAAGAUAUUCAAACAUCGAUCACCAGAUUGAAAGAGCCAACCUGGGGCAGUUGUUGGGGGGGGGGGCGAGAACGCUAGGAAGUCUCUAGUCCUUGUCGCCAUUGAGUUGGGAGAAAAUUCUGCCGCAUCCAGGAUUUCACGGGCAAGAGCGACGAUGAAAGCGCAGCGGCCGAGGGUGUGGAAUCCAUUCCCAGUUGAACAUGGAUCCGAGCGCUGUGCCUAUAGCAAUGGUAACGUAGCCCUUGAUGUUGGACAAAAUCUGCCAACUGGGAAUCAUGUACACGCUGAAUCAAAUCAAACCCAGUGCAGGUCCGAGACAUCGCGUACGACCGGGCUGUCGGGAGAGCUAAAACUGCGCGCGGUGAUGUUAUUCAUAAUGCAGGUGUUAUGGGUCAGAUCGCGUAAAUAUAUAAAUGUGUCGUUAAACCCGCCACCAAUGAGUAAGGUUUGCCACGUAAACAGAACGUGCCAAUUCGUUACUAGUACAGCACACCGGUGUGUUGAAGAGCAAAGCCACAACAUUUACAACCUCUAACACACCGGUGUGCUGUACUAGUAACGAAUUGACACGUUUUGUUUACAUGACAAACCUUACUAAUUAGCUGUGUCGGGUCGUGGCGGGUUUAACGACACAUAUUUACGCGAUCUAACCCACAAAACGUAUUAUGGAUAUUGGUCGCGAAAGCCUACGUGUUAAGGUGACGUUAUUGCACACCGUUUGAAAAUUAGGAUCAGAUCCACUGCAAGACGAUUUGCCAAAACGCACAUGGCGAGUUCCAGCUGCUUGAGCAGCAGCGGCGGCGAUGAAAACCGGUAGCGGGAAGCAGCCGCUGCAGCAGGCGGCGCCCGCGGGAAACAGACGUGAGGCCUCACCGCAAGAACUGGUCGGGUUGGGUCCGGUUGGGUCAAGGUCGCGCUGGGUACGGUCAGGAUAGCAGGGCUCUGGUCAGGACAAAGAAUGUUUGGGUCAGGGUUAUGUUGGCAGUGGAUCAGGGAAGGGUCAGGUCCGUCACAAGCUGUGCUGCAGAACCGGUGCCAAAUGGAUGAUUGCUGCUGCGGGAUAUCGAUCUCCAAUAGGGCGAUAGUCGCUGGCUUAGCUUUCUCAGCUGAGCACGUUUAACCGGGCCCACGGCAGCGAACAACACUGCCACGGCCCUACUGCUGGGGUCAAGGUCGGGGUCAAGGUCGACGUCAGGGUUACUGAGGCUCAGGCUCGUUAAACCGUGGGUCGAGACCAGAUCGUAGUGGCGUCGGAGUUCGAUGUUCACACGGUAGACCAAGUUAAUCGUUUUCAAAUUACCAUUCAUAAAACUUUUACGUGGAUGAAAUCCUAGCAGAGGAGUGAUCCGUGAGUUUUUGUGUGUUUGCAUUCGUGGGAGUUGACCCCGGAGUUGGGAUCAGUGAGGCUCGAUGUGUGGUGGUGCUGUGGUUUGGGCUGCGAGUUUGAGGGAUGCGGGGUUGGCGUUGGGCUUACACCGACCGACGUCGUACGCACACACGUGGUGACAGUCGCCCAAACCCAAACGCUAUGCUGACCUCACCUCAACCGUACAGAGGCUCAACUCUCAAGUCUCCACUGCUGAUCCAGCCCUCACACUGACGACACACACACCCCCUUGGACCCAAACCAAUCCGAAAUCCACGUACACGUGGCCACACAAUUUAACUUUGUU